AUGUCGGAGAAGGCGCCACUUAUCGCUCCCGCCACCCGUGCCAGGGGGGAGACAAGCCAUCACGUGCACCGCUGCCCUAAAGUGCGGACUUUCGCGAAAUUGCUUGUCAUAGCUGCAGGCGCUGGACUCGUGUACUAUGGCACUCCUCAAGUUGGUGACGACACCACCGUAGACAACAAGGCCGACGUGUGCCUAACUCCAGCUUGUGUGCAUGCGGCAUCGGAGAUCCUGUACAAUCUAUCCCCAGAUUACAAGGACCUUGAUGCAUGCGACAAUUUCGAGGAGCUGGUCUGUGGCGGCUGGAGGAACCGUCACGACCUACGCGCUGACCAGGGCGAUGCAUUUACAGGUACCAUCAUGUCUGAGAACUCACAGAUGUUGCUACGCCAUAUUCUUGAGGCCCCAUACCCCAAGGACUCGCAGCACUCCUACUUCUCGCCCAUGCAGCUCUACACUUCUGCCAAGUCUGCCGACGAGGCCAACUUCGAUAAAAUGAAAGCCGCGUACGACGCCUGCCUCAACGAAGACAAGAUCAAGAGCAUUGGAGCGGAGCCGCUUUUGCACGUGUUGGACGAGAUCAAGAAGACUUAUCCCGUCGCUACCUCGAAUGUUCAUGCGACAAAAGAUGCCAUCCUUCUUCUCGCCAAGUACGGAGUCACUGCCCUGGUCACGGUUGGUACCGGUGCAGACGACACUGACCCAGACACUGUUGUUGUAUCUGUUGGAGCCCCUGGGAGAUUCGGCUUGCCAUCCAAAGAACGCUACGAGGAUGACAAGCUCGUCGAGAAGUAUCGAGUGGUAGCUGUCGAAGUCUUGAGUGCUUUGUACCCCGACCAUAAUAAGGAUGCUUUUGCUGGAAUUAUCGAUCUCGAGAAGAAACUUGCUGCUGCAUCUCCUACUGAAGAAGAUCGGGAAGAUGUCACGAAAUCCUACAACCCAAUGCUUAUCGACGAAGCUACUGCGAUCGCUCCAGAAAUUGAGCUGAAGGCACUCAUUGCAGACCAAGCCCCUACAUAUAGCAAGGUUGAACGCGUCAUCGUCGGGAGCCCGAAGUACCUAAAGGAGUUAUCCAUUAUACUUGCUGCCACUGAUAAGGAGGUACUGCAAAGCUACUUCCUCUGGAAAGCUGUCCAGUCUUUCACAUCGUACAUUGAUACCGACGCUGUGAAACCUUAUCGGCGGUUCGUCAACGUACUUGCUGGCAAGGAUUCCGAAUCCGCUCCUGAAAGAUGGCGAACAUGUGUUGAUCAUGUCGAUGAUGGCGUAGGUUGGAUCUUGAGCCGUUUCUUUGUUGAGGAAGCAUUCUCAGCCGAAGCGAAGGACUUCGGUGAUACUAUCAUUACCGACAUCAAGACCGAAUUCACCAAGAAGCUCAACAAUGCCGAAUGGAUGGACAAGGAUACCACAAAGAAGGCAGUCGAGAAAGUUCACAACAUCGUUCAGAAGAUUGGAUACCCGACCAAAAGCCCCGAUAUCAUGGACCCGUCCAAGCUUGGUGACUACUACAAGUCGGUCAACAUUUCAUCUGAUGCCUUUUUCAACAACGCUCUCGCCAUGCGCAGAUUCGCUGUUGAUGAAGAAUGGGUGGCUCUCGGUAAGCCCGUUGAUCGUGACGAGUGGGAUAUGACUGUGCCAACCGUCAACGCAUACUACAACCCGCCUGGCAACGAGAUUGUCUUCCCGGCUGGUAUCAUGCAGUUCCCAGUCUUCGAUGUAAACGUACCUGCUUACAUGUCCUACGGUGCAUUUGGGUCUGUCGCUGGACACGAGCUUAGCCACGCCUUCGAUUCCACUGGCCGUCACUACGACCAAAACGGCAACCUUACCGAUUGGUGGUCCAAUGCUACCGUUGACGCAUUCAAAGAGAAGACCGAGUGUUUCGUUAGCCAGUACGCAAAUUUCACCGUCCCUAGAUCUAACGACAAGCCACUCCACGUUAAUGGCCGUCUUACUCUCGGAGAGAAUAUCGCAGACGCAGGUGGUCUUUCAGCUGCCUUCCGAGCGUGGAAGCGCCGUGCUGAGGAGAAGCCAAACAAGGAUCUACCGGGUCUCGAGCACUUCUCACAGGAGCAGCUAUUCUUUGUUAGCUACUCAAACUGGUGGUGUGGCAAGACAAGGAAGGAUACUGCUAUCAGUCGUAUCUACACUGACCCUCAUGCACCGAAGUGGGCUCGCAUCUUGGGUACGAUGGCGAAUAGUAGGGAGUUUAAGGAAAGCUUCCAGUGCAAGGCCAAGGAGCCGACCUGUCAGUUGUGGUAA